CGUUGGUUUCGAGUGACGUUUGUGGCGCCAGAAAUCAAGCGCUGAGGAGCUAGCGGGAGAGUGUUUUGAAAUGUUUUAGCUAUCUCAGAUUGUUAGUAUUAUGAACUGGCGCCCAUCAGUUCAUGCCGUGUAAUUCGUGACAUUCUCUCAGGUAACGAUAAAGGUGCUAGUAUUCAACAUGGUGAUGUUACGUAGUAGCAGUGGAGGCGCAGAACCAGCGACUGCGAGAAAGAGCGUUGAUAUGGAUUCGAGCGCAGAGUUUCUGUCCUUGCAUCCACCACAGCGAAAGUCGGCGCGGCUAAAGAGGGGCCUUGAUGACAGCUUCAGUAGCGCUGACAGCACCCCGGGAAAUGCUUAUCUUCCUGUGAAAAAAGAAAACAGUUCAGAAGUUAGCAUCAGAACAAGAGGCCAGAGAGGAAAGAACGGUGUGUCCUUUGCAGAUAUGAAUGGUUCGGCCACGGACCCCCCACAACCAGAAGAUCAAGGAAAACAUUUGUUAAGGAAAUCUCCAAGAUUGCAAACAGAGGGAAAGACAACUCAGGAAGAGCAAGCUGACGAUGUUGAAGGCACCCCCACCUCGCGGAAGUACCAGGGGGCUCUGCGGGAGCGAGACGUGGACGGUGCUUUGCGACGCAGCUCCAGGAUCACUAGAGUUAAGCUCAGUGCCAGAAACCAGUCCGUCCUCUACGACAGACUCAUCACCAACACUGCUGAAGCGGUCCUCCAGAAGAUGGAUGACAUGCAGAAGAUGCGGCGCAGGCUGAGGAGCAGAGACGGAAAAGAUGAGGGUCUGAGACUCUACCAGGGAGCCAAGAGGAAAAGAAGAACUGAUGAAAGUGAAGAUAACCAAGAGAAUGCCGAAGGAGAUUUCAGUGAGGUCGAGGGAGAUGACGAGGAGGAGGAUGGGGACGAUGAUGAUGAGGUAAAACAAGUGGCGGAAGAGAGAAAAUCCGGAGCUGAUGAAGGAGAUGGUGAUGAUGACGACGAAGAUGAAGUAGAAGGAGAGGAGGAGGAGGAAGACGAUGAAGACGAGGACGAGGAUGAGGAGGAAGACAACCAGAAGCGCUACGAUCUCAGGCAGAGGAAAGCUACUGUCCGCUACCAGCCACCAAUGGAGGAGCCAAAGAAGCGGAGCAUCUUCUUCAAGCGCCACUCGUCUCCGUCCAGACGGAGGUACAGCUUCCCCUCGUCGGGGCCCAGAAGCCCGUACAACAGCAGGCAUGGCAGCAAGACUCAGGCUCAUGGACGAAGACAUGCCAUCCACAGCAGUGACUCUACCUCCUCUUCCGCAUCCUCAGACGAUGAGCAGUUUGAGCGACGCAGGAGUAAGAACCGCAACAGGUCCAUAAACAGAUGCCUCCCGCUGAACCUCCGUAAGGACGAUCUCCUGGGAGUCCAGAAGGACCGGAUGAAGAUCGGAGCCAGCCUGGCUGAUGUGGACCCUAUGCAGAUAGACCAGACAGUGCGUUUUGACAGCAUUGGGGGUCUGACCAGACACAUCGCUGCCCUGAAGGAGAUGGUGGUCUUUCCUCUGUUAUACCCAGAGGUGUUUGAGAGAUUCAAAAUCCAGCCUCCAAGAGGCUGCUUAUUUUACGGACCCCCUGGCACUGGGAAGACCCUGGUGGCGCGAGCCCUUGCCAACGAGUGCAGCCAGGGCGACAAGAAGGUGUCCUUCUUCAUGAGGAAGGGGGCCGACUGCCUCAGCAAGUGGGUGGGCGAGUCCGAGAGGCAGCUGAGACUACUCUUCGACCAGGCUUAUCAGAUGCGUCCAGCAAUCAUUUUCUUUGAUGAGAUCGAUGGCUUGGCGCCCGUGCGGUCCAGCAGACAGGACCAGAUCCACAGCUCCAUCGUGUCCACGCUGCUGGCCCUGAUGGACGGACUGGACCACCGCGGGGAGGUGGUAGUGAUCGGGGCCACCAACCGCCUGGACUCCAUCGACCCGGCGCUCAGACGCCCAGGACGCUUCGACAGGGAGUUCCUCUUCGGCUUACCUGACAGAGACGCCCGUAAAGACAUUCUGAAGAUCCACACCCGCCAGUGGAACCCUCAGCCGUCGGAGGCCUUCCUGGAGGAGCUGGCAGACAAAUGUGUUGGUUACUGCGGGGCCGACAUCAAGGCGGUGUGUGCGGAGGCAGCUCUGUGUGCGCUGCGACGCCGCUACCCUCAGAUCUACGCCUCGUCGCAGAAGCUGCAGCUGGACGUGGCCUCCAUCAGCGUGGGCGCGCGGGACUUCGUGUCGGCCAUGCGUAAGAUGGUGCCGGCCUCCCAGCGGGCCGUGGCGUCGCCGGCCAAAGCGCUGGCGCACAUCGUGCAGCCGCUGCUGGCCGCGUCGCUCGACGGCAUCCUGGGGGUGGUCCAGAAGGUGUUCCCCCACGCCGAGCUGGGCUUGAGGAAGAACCGAGACCGAGGAGAUCUGGCCAGUGGUAUGCUGGAUGAGGAGCUGCUGUACAGCGACGACGAGGGUCCACCAAUGAGCAUCACAAACGGCCCGAAGCAAGCCACCGCAGCUAGGAGUUUCCUAAGUCUUACUAGGAGUGUCCUCAAUCAGCCCACCUCCUACCGGCCGCGGCUGCUGCUGAGCGGGAGGUCGGGCUCAGGACAGAGCUCCCACCUGGCCCCGGCUCUGCUCCACACCCUGGAGAAGUUCACCGUCUACACCCUGGAUCUGGCCGUGCUGUUCGGGGUCAGCAGCACCACCCCAGAGGAGGCCUGUGCUCAGCUGUUCUGUGAGGCGAAGAGAACCGCUCCCAGCAUCCUCUACAUCCCCCACAUCCAGCGCUGGUGGGACACGGUGGGCCCCGCUUUAAAGGCCACCUUCCUCAGCCUGCUCAGCGACAUCCCUCCCUUCUCCCCGAUCAUGCUGCUGGCCACCUGCAACUUCCAGUACAAAGGCCUCUUGCCCGAGGUGCAGGACCUGUUCCGUAUGGAGUACGGGGAGGUGUUUGAAGUUCCACUGCCCACUCGGCAGGAAAGGACCAGGUUUUUUGAGGAUCUCAUCCUGAACCAGGCAGCCAAAGCACCAGCCUCUAAGAGGAAAGCAGUGAUGCAGGUGCUGGAGGUGUUGCCCGUGGCUCCCCCGCCUCCGCCCCGACUGCUCACGGAACAGGAGCAGCAGCUGCUGGAGGAACAGGAAGAGGACACCCUACGAGAGCUCCGCCUCUUCCUGCGAGACGUCACCAAUCGCCUUGCUCAGGACAAACGCUUCAAACUCUUCACGAGGCCUGUAGACCCUGAGGAGGUUCCAGACUACGCCGUAGUCAUUCGGCAGCCCAUGGAUCUGUCUACGCUUCUCUCCAACAUCGACUCGCACAAAUAUCUGACCGUGGAGGACUUCCUCCGUGAAGUGGAUCUGAUUUGGAAAAAUGCCUUAGAAUACAACCCAGACAAAGAUCCCUCAGAUCGUCUGAUCCGCCAUCGCGCCUGUGCCCUGAAGGAUGCGGUGCACGCCAUCAUCAAGGACCAACUGGAUGAAGACUUUGAGAAGAUCUGUCAAGAAAUCAAGCAGUCGCGACACAAAAGAGGUUGUACCAAAUCCAGGUUCGCUCCUUCAUACUACCAGGUGCAGCCCAAACCUCCAGUGAUGUUGGAAACCACUGGUGACCUCGCCCCUCCCAAAGACAUCAUCUCAGCCAUGCCUUCUGCAGCAUCCACCCCACGCUCAGCACCAGCCUCCAAGAAGAGGCGACGGAAGAGUCGCUGGUCCAACGGCGUCAUCACCAAGAAGAAGUCCGCCUCUCACUCUCGAGACGACGCGGAGUCUAUGGAUGACGAGGAUGAGGAAGAGGAAGGAGAGUGCGAAGAGGAAGACGAGGAGAAGGCCGAGGCCGUGGACGCUAAUGACAAACAGGAGGAGGAAACGCUAAAGAAAUUCCGCCUCUUCCUGUGCGAUGUCACCAACCGUUUGGCCCAAGACAAACGAUUCCAAGCCUUCACCGAGCCGGUUGAUCCAGAGGAGGUUCCAGACUACACCACAGUCAUUAAGCAGCCCAUGGAUCUGUCUACGCUUCUCUCCAACAUCGACUUGCACAAAUAUGUGACCGUGAAGGACUUCCUCCAUGAUGUGGAUCUGAUUUGGAUGAAUGCCCUUGAGUAUAACCCUGAGCUAGACCCUGAAGGUCGACUAAUCAGAAAGCAGGCUUUGGCCCUUAAGACCAUGGUGCACGACAUCAUCGCUGCUGAGACGGAGGAGGGCCUGGAGGAGUCUUGCCAAAAGAUCAAGGAAUCUCGUAGUAGGAGGGCUAACGACUCAAAAGGCAAUGAACCCUCUGGCAAAGAGGCAUCAGUGACAACUACGCCACAACGACCGGCAGCUCAGAAGAAAAGGAGGAGGAGAGGCAGGUGGAGCAGUGGCAUCCUCACCAAGAAGAAGUCCUACUCUCUGUCCCGAGACAACUCCACCGCUGCCGAAUCUGUGGAUGAGGAUGAGGACGAGGAAGAGGACAAAGAUGGAGAGGAAGAGCCUGAGAAGGCUCCAUCGACAGAGCUUGUGAACGGUGUGGAGGCUGCUGCCAUGGAGACGGAGGAGGCGGUAGCUGUGGAGACGGAAGCGGGUGCAGUGAUGGAGACCGAGGAUGCUGGCCCCUGUGCAGUGGAGGGAGAUGCCAAUCCUCCAUCCCCAUUGGCUGGUGCCCUGAUGAAUGGCCACACCCCUACUGAAGGCGGAGACCAGUCAGAGGAGCAGGCUGCGUCUGAGCCUGAGAAGAUGGCCGUUGAAGUCGUGGAGAUUGAGGCCGCUGAGACGGAGAAGUCUGAGGCUGUGGGGGAGGGGCCUGGAACGGCCAAACCUGAGGUGGAAGAAGACACAGAAAAAGAGAUUGGAACGAGGAGGAUGACCAGGGCCCUGAAGAACCAGGUGCAGCAGCAGCAGGUCAUCAGCCUGGAUGCAGCCAUGGAGAUCCUGGGGCAGAAGACCCCGCCCCUGCUGGUGGAUCACAACAAGCUCCAGGAUCUCCUGCAUAAAGUGGUUGCUAAGACGGAGGGCUAUGAGGUGGAUCGCAUGGAGAAGCUUUACGCCCUUCUCUGCCAGAGUGUGUACCGGCACAGGAGGGAGUAUGACAAGACCACACUUCUACAGGAAAUGGAGAAUGAAAUUGAGGACUUUGAAUAAAUCUGUAGCAUUUCGACUUUGUGGAUAAUACCUUUUACUAUAUUAUAUUUUGCUAAUUAUUUUGGUAGUGUUUGUUGGUGUAUAUAUGUCUCUUUGUCUUAUUAAAGCUUUUUUGACUAUUUUA